AGUUUAAUAAUAUCCCGAUUCGGAAUACGGAAAGUUAUGUAGUGGUAUACAUCUUAUCCCCACUGCUACUCGAUGACGAUAUGAAUUCGGCUUGAGUAUGUGUGUGUAUAUUUGAACGCGAUGCCGCGAGAUACGCUUCAUUCACGAGUGAGACUUUGUCGAGCGAGUGCAUACUGUAAUUUCAAUUAAGCCAUACACAAUGUCGUCGAUAAGAUUCGUUAUCUUGGGCUUGCUGGCCGCGCUGUGCCUUCAACAGAGCGUCGAGGCCGCAGUGAACCAGCACAAUCUCGUGGUGGGCGGCCGCGUCUGGGGCGACUAUCUGAUCCAGCGCGUCAAGGUCGACAAGAAGUCGGCCUGGCUGCGACACGUCUCGGAGAGUCGCACCUUCAGCGGCGACGGCACGUCGCGCAUCAGCCAGAUCCAGGUGCUGGACCAGAAGCACGACGGCACUGGGGCCUACGCCACACUGGUCACGGGCGGACCCGGCCAGACCUUCGCCACCCUCAAAUUCAAGAGCCAGAAGAGCCACGGCAUUCACUUCGUGGUCGAGCUCUACGGCAAACGAUGAGGAGGAGGAGUGUGGUUCUGUUCUUUUUUUUUCAUGUUUUUGUGGAAUAAUUAUUAUUCGUCAUGACGGUGUUUCCUACUGAUGUACAAUACGAACUUGAUGUUUGAACAAGUGUCAUUCGGAAUAAUAAAAAAAAUUUGUGUUUACACAUACGACUGCA